AUGGCCUACCCUUUGACGAAUAAGACCACCAAUAGCGCUAACGAAACCAAGCAAGCCGAAAAGUCAGUUAUCAGGGUUUCUCCGCUGGAGUCGGAGGACCCUGAUGUUGGAGAAUCAGAAUUGCCCGCGAACUUUGGGGAAGUUGCAAAAGGAAUAUAUCGCAGCGCGUUUCUUCAGUCUUGCAAUCUCCCAGCACUCAAGCUCCUGAAAUUGCGAACCAUAAUUACUCUUGUCGAAGAGCCAUUUUCGCCGAGCCACUCGAGUUUUUUGAAGGAGAACGGGAUCAAACAUUACCGCAUUCCCUUCAUUGCAAAUAAGGACGCUUCUGUCAAAACACCAGACGGUGUCGUGAAUACCAUUCUCAGGAUAAUGCUGGACAAGGCCAAUCACCCUAUGCUCAUACACUGCAAUAAAGGAAAACAUCGUACUGGGUGCGUGACUGGCUGCUUUCGGAAGCUCCAGGGGUGGGAGAAACAAGAUAUAGUUGAUGAGUAUGUCCGUUUCGCUCGACCAAAGCAACGUCCGCUGGACGAGGCGUUUAUUGAGGCAUUUGACCCGUCAAAUCUCACCCACUUGGCUAAAACUUGCGGUGCAAAGUCGUGGGAUUCAUCUGGAACAUACGACAAUAUUAGGGCUGAGAAAGAUCAAGGCUCACCAGAAAACCUGUUCCAAACUUCCUCAGUUCCUCGUAAUGAUGUUCGCGUGGCUUCUUGA